UGUGAUCUCUCUUGUCUUGAUUACAGGCCACAAAAACGAAGGUCGACACGUGGAUCAACAAAAUGACACAAGAUAACUCUUCUCAGUUAGGAUGCCGUAGGACCACCAACAACAUGAAAAUUUUUGCUGGAGAGAUAAGGAAAAUGUGACAACUCUUGUUUUCUUUACCCCUGCUAAAAUGAAGAAGCAGAAUUGAUAGCAACAAAGAGCUACACAUUCACUAUAAUGCUACUUUAUGGCCAUGGUGCUGCCUUUUGUGUCAGAACUUCAUUGUACUGUGUCAACAGCAAUAGCAGCAACAACAUUGCCAGCAAAAGUAAAAGCUACCUCACCAGAUACAGCCGCAGAUGCCACCUUGCAUCUAGCUUCCUUGCGGCUGGUGCUCUUAUAGUCUCUGCAGCUGGGGCUGCAGAGGUACCCCAAGAUUCAGAAACUCUGUUCAACAUACCCCAAACGCUUUCAGGAGAGUGUGCAUCCUCCAAAGACUGCAAGAAGCCUAGAAUCCAGCGACCAAAGUCUAGGAAGGCUGAGUCAUGCACUACCAAAUGUCUCACCACUUGCAUUAGAGGUGGUGAAGGCUCUCCUGGAGAAGGUCCUCUUAAUAUCAGAAGACCUUUAGUGGUUUUCAAGGAAGGAUUUCGAAGUCGCAAGUACUGCUUGGUGGAGUGUUCCGAUAUUUGUAAUUUGAUUGGAGAUGAGGAUUAUGGACCUUGAAUUGUAUAUGUUUUUGAUGCUGCAAUGUGACAGGAAGUUUCCUUCAUUCAUUCUUGAUUCCACUUUAUUCAUUCUUGACUCAAUCUUUUGACCAUAUGCUUUUGCAUCACCAUAUUGUUUGACCACGAUUAUCUUAUCCAAGAUAUGUUUGUGAACUCCCAGAUGCAUGAUUGAAGAGCUAGAGAAAACUUUGUAUAAAUGCUUUAACUCUACAGCGUGACAGCCGCUGCUGGCCUUUGCAAAUUGCCAUAGAACCUUGUGAUUCUCCUGUAAAUAUGCGCAUUACUUGCCUUGACAUGAUAUCUUCAUAAAGAAAGGUUAUAAGGCUUGCUGUGUCAAGAUGACCAAGUGUCUCCCGAGUAUGCAUCAGUAACCACAACCAACACAAAUAUGGCAUUUCCUC